AUGAUCCCGGUGCGACUUCAACAUGUGACUCGCAUCCUCCGUCAGCUGCCGCUGCGCAGCAUUUUCCUACCAUCCCCGGCCCGGUACUCCAGCUCAAAGCGCAAAGUCGUAGAGCAGACCGCAGCUCCGAUCUCCGAAUCGCUCCAAAUGCCCGACCUCGAUCAACCUAGGAGCAUUGCCGACCUCGAGAAGGCGCAACUGUCACAGCAGUGGAAGGAGAUCUUCGACGUGCUCGAUAUCGGGAUACCCGCCAACGACCUAAAGACGGUACGCCUUGUACCCGCUAUAGAUGCUGCGCGCCCCCUGAUCGGGUUCAAGGUGUCGAAGCGACACGUCAUGAGGGUGUACGAUACUGCCUAUUUUAUGGAGACCAAGUAUCAGCAUCCAAAGUCGGUUUUGAUGAGACACUAUUAUGAGGAGCAUAAGAAGAACAAACCGCUGUGGCUUUGGUUCUACGGUAUCACUGCCAUCGACACGCCGGCCGUCAGGAGCAUGGCCAAGUACCACAUAAAGCUCGCGCUCCACGCCGCCCUGAAGGACCGGGGCUAUGACGCCCAGGGACGGCUAAUCGAUCCCAAGAGCGAGACGGGAAUGGGCACCACCCUCCGCGGCGAUCUGCGAGGGACGAUAACCUGCGUUGCUAAGACUCCCAGAGAUAUUGUCAAGAGGCUGCCGAGAAAGGACUUGCGGGCUGCGACUGACGCCGCCGUGGACGAGUUCAUCCGCAUGCUCGAAAAGGUGCAGAUGGAGAAGGAAAAGAAAAAGAAAAACAGGGGUGAGAUGGGGCCGAAGAGGCUAGAUGAGAGGAAACGCAAGGCAGAGAAAAAUGGACGCAGUUUUUGA